AUGAGUCACAGCCCAACGAAAGGGGCCGUCAGUCCCCCCCGCAGUCCACGACCGAGUCCGUCCAAGUUGCUUGCCGCGGGCCUCACCACUGGCUUCGAAGACAUCAAGUCAGCUUGCGGCGACCAAGUGGACUCUCGCAAACGCACGGCCCCCACCACAUGCUUUGGCACGAGCAGUCGACCGCGGGAUGCCGGCGACGGGUCCCAGUCACCGGGGCCAGGGGCAUACCAAGUGCCGACGGCCAUUGGGAAGCCGGUGUUGUCGACGAUGAAGACUGCCGCGGCGUGCUCCAUCAGCGGACGAGAGAAAUUUGGGUCCACAGCGGAUUUGAAGUCCGCAGCUAACUGCCCAGGACCAGGCGACUACAGUCCCCACAUUGUCAACCCAAACGAAAAAACUGCCCCGCAGUACUCGCUGGGCAAAAAAUGGUCAAAAUCUGUCGACGGCACGAAUCGGUCGCCCGGGCCUGGCGCGUACGAAACCCCCGAAAGCCUCUUGAACACCAAGACCGUCCUCUCCACGUCCAAGAGCGCAACAGCCACCAGUUUUUCCAAAGUGAACCGCAAACCACUCAUGGAAACCUCCACGGCCGACGUCGGGCCAGGACAAUACAGCACAGGCAACGUCGCCGUGGGCAAACAAGUCGUGUCCACGGUUACGAAUUCCGCGGCCUACUCUUUCAGCGUCGUGGGGCGCAACAAAGCGCCGAUUGGAGCGCGAAUGAGUCACGACGUUGGCCCUGCACCGAAUGCGUACAAGCAGAAGGCGGCGGUGGGCACGCAGGUGCUGAGCAACCUCAAGAGCGCGCCGAAAUGCUCCAUGUCGGGUCGAACAAAGUUUGGCAGUCAUUUUUAA